AUGUCCUCAUUACCUUACGCACUAUUAUGCCGCCGAUUUUCACUUGAUGAGAUUCUAUCAGCCACCAAGAACUUCGAUAAUGCAUUAGUCGUAGGGGAGGGUGGAUUUGGUAAAGUGUAUAGAGCUACUAUCAGCGUAGAAAAUGAUGCAACUUUUAUUGUUUCCAUCAAGCGACUGGAUUCCGAUUCCAACCAAGGAGCACCUGAGUUUUGGGCUGAAAUCGAGAUGCUUACAAAUUUGAGGCACUGUAAUCUUGUGUCAUUAAUUGGUUAUUGUAAUGAUAAAUCAGAGAUGAUUCUCGUCUAUGAGUUCAUUCCACAUGGAACCCUUGAUGGUCAUUUGCACAAAUAUGGUACCAGUCUGAGUUGGGUACAACGGCUGAAGAUAAGCAUAGGUGCUGCAACAGGAUUGCAUUACCUUCAUACCGGAACAAGCACCCAACAUGGAGUCAUACACCGUGAUGUCAAAAGCUCAAAUAUUUUGUUGGACAACGAGUAUGGUGCUAAGAUAUCAGAUUUCGGAUUAUCCAAAAUUGCCCCAACAAAUACAUCAGGUGCUUAUGUCAAUACGCUUGUCAGGUGUACAUUUGGCUAUCUUGAUCCAGAGUAUUUUUUGACUGGAAGAUUGACAAGAAAAUCAGAUGUGUUUGCCUUUGGGUGGUAUUAUUCGAAUUGUUGUGUGGGAGGCCAGCACUGGAUAGAAGCCUUGACGAGGAUGAGUGCGGUUUGGCUAAGUGGGCUCAUUAUUGAGUAUGAAGCCAACUUGACAUUUUGA